CAUGGGGUCGCAAAGAGUUGGACAUGACUGAGCGACUGAACUGAUCUGAACUGAACUGAAGGUGUAAUUUAAAGAAUGAGGAGAAGUUCAGUGGAAAAGCUGGAUGAGGCAAAGAGGGAGUCAAUCCAGACAGAUCAGCAUGAACAAAACACUUAACAGUAAAGAGCAGCUUGAUGGGUAUAGGAGAGCUGGAGUAAAAGGGCAUGGGGGGAAAGGCAGGAAGCUUAUUUGGGCCUGAGGGCCUGUGUGCCUGGCCAUGGGGCACUGUCAGCUGUGAGAAGCAAGCCUGGGAGCAGCUCAGAACAGGGAUGGCCUGGCUCUCAUCCCAGCUAUGGUGCCUGGGCUACAGCCCACCUUUCCCCCAGCUAACUGCCUCUCCUCUUUCCUUAGUUCCUCCUGAACAGCUGGAGAUUGGCGCUUAGGGUCUGUGAGGAGUCUUGUCAGGACUUGUCCUUCCCCUCGUUGUUCAAUGGUCAUCUGGUGUCUGAAGAGAACUGCUGAUCCCUGCUAUGCCUCUGCUACAGUCAGGGCUGUCAUAGUAGUUCACAGACCCCAAGCCCAGGCUGCUUCCUCCCUACAUAGGCUCUGACAUAGGCCUUCUUUGACACUCUGCCUAGGGUACUGGGACCCCUGCUGCUGGGGAAAUAGACAUGGGACUUCCAGAAACAUAGACAAAGAGCCCUGGCAUUGCUUGUCAGGGGUGUAUCACUCAGGUUCAGGAGACAGCAAACUGUCAGCAUGAAUCACAGCUGGGCCUUUGGCAUUCAGUUCUGUGUUCUCUCCUAACUAAACAAAGUUGAGAGAGACGAGCCCCAGGCUAGGCAGGCUGCUAUGUUGUGAAUGAUGGCCACUCUGUCCUCCCCACCCCCAUUCCCAAUUUUUCUGCCUUUAGAGCUUAUCUGCCUGAUUUCUGCCCACUGAACUGUGCAGAGGGGCUGAUGUCUGGCAUGUUUCCAGGUCCAGUCAUGCCUCAGACUGAUAGAAUAGGUAUCAUCCAUGGUCUCCAUCCUGGUGUUGUGUGUAGGCUGAGUACUGUUUAUGGUUAAUGUUAAGGUUACUGUUGAUGAGGUAGCUGGAAGUUUUAUUAAAGUAUCUGCUCACCAAUUUUGAGGGAAAUUGGUGCAGUACAUCUAGUUACCAUGGUGGGUAUCUCAGUCCAUUUGGCUUGCUAUUAAAUAGUACCACAGACUGAGUGGCUUAUAAACAAUGGAAAUGUAUUUCUCACAGUUCUGGCAGCUAGAUGUCUAAGAUCAAUGUGCCAACAUGGUCAGAUGAAGGCCCUCUUCCAGGUUGCAGACCACCCACUUCUUGUAUCCUCACAUGGCAGAAGAGGCAAGGGAGCUCUCAGUGACUUAGGAUGAGAACACUGUUCCCAUUCAUUAGGGUUUCACCCUUAGGACCUAAUCACUGCCCAAAGACCCCACUUCCUAAUACCAUCACCUUCAGCAUGAGGCUUUCAAUAUAAGCAUUAGGUUUGUGGGGGUGGGGGACAAAACUAUUUAGACCACACACUGGGCACAGUGAUAUCCCAGCUUUCUGCACAUUCCAGAAGACUAGUUUAGGGAAAACCAGCUGGCUGGCCCACAGCUCCACUGCAGCUUGAGAUUCCUCUUCCCCUUCUGGUAGGGAAGUCCUACAGUGUGAACCUACUGUUAACCUCUUGGCCUAUAGACUAAAGGCUAAACUCCAGUCUGGCUGCCUCUCAUCCCACCAUAUAUCCUCACCUACAUGUGUCAUCUUGAGGUCCUUGGAGCUGCACCCCAAUUCCAUGAAGUUGCCUUGUGCUCCGUGAUUUUGUACAUGUUCUUCUCUUUGUCAAGGACACACUCCCACUCUUCCUUCAGGGCUCAGCUUCCUCAACUUCUGCCCACUCUGGGGCAGGGUUAGUCUCUUCCUCUUGUACUCCCACAUUGCUUCGUGUUCAUUUAGUAAGUCCUUCCAUGUUUUGGAAAAUUGUCCAUUGAAUUGCGUAUUUCCCAGGCUAGUUUCCUCUAGUUCCUUUCCAGGGGUGAGCCACCACCUCAGAACUCAGACUCGGAGUGCCUGUAAAAUGGAUGGAGCUUCCCAGCAUUGCAGAGGGGAUAUCCUAGGGCUCUUGACUCAGUUCAGAACUCUCAACUUCCUGUGGUGUUCUUGCUUAAAUUUGCACCAUGGUCCUGCCUAACCCAGCCUCCGUUUAAGACAGAUUCAGAGGGAAGUGCACCUUCCUGAAUUAGCUGGUGUCUAAUGAGAGGGUGGGGCUUGGUGACACUAACUCAUAUCACUGGUGAGUUUCACUUUGGAGUGCAAACCAAGCCAGUGGAUGUCAAUGAGAAAGAAGAGCUCAGAUCUAAGGAGAGUGACCAACUGCUGCUGCUCCCAGGAGGCCACCCCUCACCAUUGUGGAACCACAUGGACUCCAUUGGGUCUCUAGGGUUGCAGCAAGGGGAAGGAGCCCCCAGCUGCCCCCAAGAAGGCUUGCCUUGCCCCUCAAACAACUCUGAGAUGGUACAGGAGUGCCUACAGCAGUUCAAGGUGACAGGGGCGCAGCUGCGGCAGAUCCAAACCAGCCUCCUGGGCUCCAUGGAGCAGGCGCUGAGGGGGCAAGCAGGCCCUGCCCCUGCUGUCCGGAUGCUGCCCACAUAUGUGGGGUCUACCCCACAUGGCACUGAGAAAGGGGACUUCGUGGUGCUGGAGCUGGGGGCCACAGGGGCCUCACUGCGUGUUCUAUGGGUGACCCUAACGGGCAUCGAGGGGCACAAGGUGGAGCCUCGGAGCCAGGAGUUUGUGAUCCCCCAGGAAGUGAUGCUGGGUCCUGGUCAGCAGCUCUUUGACUUUGCCGCCCGCUGCCUGUCUGAGUUCCUGGAUAUGCUGCCCGUGGACAAUCAGGGUCUGCAGCUUGGGUUCAGCUUCUCCUUCCCUUGUCACCAGACAGGCCUGGACAAGAGCACCCUCAUUUCCUGGACCAAGGGUUUUAAGUGCAGUGAUGUGGAAGGCCAGGAUGUGGUCCAGUUGCUACGAGACGCCAUCCAGAGGCAGGGAGCCUACAGCAUUGAUGUUGUUGCUGUGGUGAAUGACACCGUGGGCACCAUGAUGGGCUGUGAGCCAGGGGUCGGGCCGUGUGAAGUUGGGCUGGUUGUAGACACCGGCACCAAUGCAUGUUACAUGGAGGAGGCAAGGCACGUGGCAGUGCUGGACGAAGACCGGGGCCGCGUCUGCAUCAGCAUCGAGUGGGGCUCCUUCAGUGACGAGGGGACCCUGGGGCCAGUGCAGACCAUCUUCGACCACACCCUGGACCAUGAGUCAUUGAACCCGGGUGCCCAGAGGUUUGAGAAGAUGAUUGGGGGUCUGUACCUGGGUGAGCUGGUGCGGCUGGUGCUGGUUCACCUGGCCCAGUGUGGGGUCCUCUUUGGUGGCCACAUCUCCCCCGUCCUGCGAAGCCAAGGCAGCAUCCUCCUGGAACACGUGGCUGAGAUGGAGGAUCCCUCUGCUGGGGCAGCCCGUGUGCACGCUGUCCUGCAGGACUUGGGCCUGAACCCGAAGGCCUCAGAUGCUGAGUGGGUGCAGUGUGUGUGCGUGGCUGUGUGCACGCGGGCCGCCCAGCUCUGCGCUGCUGCUCUGGCCGCUGUCCUCUCCCGCCUCCAGCACAGCCGGGAGCAGCAGGCUCUUCAGAUCGCUGUGGCCACCGGAGGCCAAGUGUUUGAGCGACACCCCAGGUUUCUCAGUGUCCUACGGGAGACAGUGAUGCUUCUGGCCCCCAACUGCGAUGUCUCCUUCAUCCCCUCUGUGGACGGGGGUGGCCGGGGCGUGGCAAUGGUGACUGCUGUGGCUGCCCGCCUGGCUGCCCACCGGCGCCUGUUGGAGGAGACCCUGGCACCAUUCCGGUUGACCCGGGAGCAGCUGGCAGAAGUGCAGGCACAGAUGCGAGAGGCCAUGGGCAAGGGGCUCCAAGGGGAAGCCUCCUCCCUCCGCAUGCUGCCCACUUAUGUGCGGGCCACACCUGAUGGCAGCGAGCGUGGGGACUUCCUGGCCCUGGACCUGGGGGGCACCAACUUUCGAGUCCUCCUGGUGCGUGUGGCCACGGGAGGUGUGAAGAUCUCCAGCCAGAUCUAUUCCAUCCCGGAGUGCGUGGCCCAGGGCUCUGGACAGCAGCUCUUUGACCAUAUUGUGGACUGCAUUGUGGACUUCCAGCAGAAGCAGGGCCUGAGUGGGCAGAGUCUCCCCCUGGGUUUCACCUUCUCCUUCCCGUGCAAGCAGAUGGGCCUGGACCAGGGCAUUCUCCUGAACUGGACAAAGGGUUUCAAUGCAUCUGGCUGCGAGGGCCAAGACGUUGUAUGUCUGCUGCGGGAAGCCAUCAGGCGCCGACAGGCAGUGGAGCUGAAUGUGGUUGCCAUUGUCAAUGACACGGUGGGGACCAUGAUGUCCUGUGGCUACGAGGACCCCCAUUGCGAGGUCGGCCUCAUCGUCGGAACAGGAACCAAUGUCUGCUACAUGGAGGAGCUCCGGAAUGUGGCAAGUGUGGAUGGGGACUCAGGCCAGAUGUGCAUCAACACGGAGUGGGGCGCCUUUGGGGAUGACGGCUCUCUCAGCAUGCUCAGCACCCGUUUUGAUGCCAGUGUGGACCAGGCAUCCAUCAAUCCUGGCAAGCAGAGGUUUGAGAAGAUGAUCAGUGGCAUGUACCUGGGAGAGAUCGUCCGCCACAUCCUCUUGCAUCUGACUAGCCUUGGAGUUCUCUUCCGGGGCCAGCAGACCCAGCGCCUUCAGACCAGGGACAUCUUCAAGACCAAGUUUCUCUCUGAGAUUGAAAGUGACAGCCUGGCCCUGAGGCAGGUCCGAGCCAUCCUGGAGGAUCUGGGGCUGCCCCUGACCUCAGACGAUGCUCUGAUGGUCCUGGAGGUGUGCCAGGCUGUGUCCCAGAGGGCUGCCCAGCUUUGUGGGGCAGGCAUGGCUGCCGUGGUGGAGAAGAUUCGUGAGAACCGGGGCCUGGAAGAGCUGACCAUAUCCGUGGGGGUGGAUGGGACCCUCUACAAGCUGCACCCUCACUUCUCCAGCCUGGUGGCCGCCACGGUGCGGGAGCUGGCCCCUCGCUGUGUGGUCACCUUCCUGCAGUCAGAGGAUGGGUCUGGCAAAGGUGCAGCCCUGGUCACUGCUGUUGCCUGCCGCCUUGCCCAGAGGACCCGUAUCUGAAGAAGUCUCCAGCAACCAGCUCUGUUGGUCCAGGGCUGGGACCCUGUCUGUCCCCAAGCCAGGCCCAGACACCCAGGACUUUCCAGAAUAGUCAUGUGUGACCCCCGCUGGGGAGACCCUUAGCUUUCCCCGAGAGAAGUAGCACUUGGGUUAGCAAUAUAUAUAUAUAAUUUAUUUACA